AUGGCCGGCGAUCUCUUCCGCCGUGAUAGACCUUUCCACCAACUCGAUGGCUUAUACACCGAAUGGUCCGAACACCUAACCAAAAACUGCAUCCCUCUCUUCCGCCAAUCUCAACGUUCCGACGUCAAUAACUACGCCGUUCUCCGCGACAUACGCUCAUACUACGACACUCUAAACCACUACGCCACUAAAGACACAGUCCUCUACUUACUCUUCCCCUCAUGGCGCAGCAACUCCCUUGAGACUCCGAUUCUCUUCCUCGGCGACAUACACCCUCGUCUUUUCACCGAUCUUAUCCAGUCUUUCAUCGAUCAAGAUCCAAUCUGCAGCACUUACAGUGAUCUUGCUGCGUGGGAAGAACUAUCGUCCGAGCUCCAGAACACUAUUAACGGAACGGUCUCGGGUCUACUAGGUCGGAUGAGGGGAGCACUGGACGGUUUUAUAAGACGUUUCUCGGGUAAGUUUGUAUCGUCGUUUCUUGGUUCUCGGAGUGGAACGGUAGUAAUGGAGACGGCGACUUCAGUGAUGGAGGAGGAUGAUAGUGUGAUCAUGGAGGAGCUUGUGAGAAUCUUCGUUGAAGCGAAUAAACUGAGGAAAGAUACGAUCACCCACAUUGUUGAAGUGUUAAACAUGAAUCAAUUGGCUCUCUUUCUUGAAAGCUUUUGCAAGUUUCUUGCUGGGUUUAAACAUCAGGAUCAGGCUUUUCAGAAUUCUCUAUUUGGUAAACAUCUCAUUAUCCAGCAGCGUCCACCACAUGUUGACCAGCUCUUCCAGCCUUUUGCUCCAUCCAGAUUGGUCCCGAAUUAUCCUUCUCCCCGCAUGAUGCAGCAUUAUGUACCUCUGCUUCUACCAGUUGGCCACCAGCGCUUCCCUCCUUUUGCUCCAUCCGGAUUGGUUAUUGCACAACAGAAUUAUCAUCCGCCCAUGAUGCAGAAGUAUGCACCUCAGCAACAUACACCUGAACAGGGUCACGUUAUAUAUGUUGGGAACUUGGCCCCAGCGGCCACGCAGGAGUUGCUACUACAGGAGUUCAGUCGUUAUUAUCAUUCGGUCAGGGAAACAAGGAUUUGCUUUGACGAAAGAAGUGGACACAAAUAUGGUUUUGUUAGCUUUGCAGAUGAAAGGGAGAAAUGGCAUGCUAUGGAGGCAAUGAACCGUAAAUUCUUUUUAGGUAGGGAAAUGUAUAUUGGUCUUGCAGCUAAGAACUCUAUCUAG